GUGAACACAGGGAGACGACCUCAGAUCACUUUUACGUCCGGGAUCGAACGCACGUAACCAGCAGCAGCCAGCCAGUCAGUAGUCGGCCCGUCCACACCUCUUCUGCACAUCGCUCUAUACCAACACACUCUAUACCAAAUGUCACUCAAGCCUGAGGUGCGCGCCGUGGUGCUGGGUCUGGUGUGUCUGGUGGUCCUGGCGACGGUCGGAGAGGCUGCUACCAUCAUCGGCAUGUGUAUCAGUAACUGCGGCCAAUGCAAGGAGAUGUACGGGGACUAUUUCCAUGGCCAAGCGUGUGCGGAAUCAUGCAUCAGGACUCAUGGCGUGACAAUCCCGGACUGCAACAACCCCGCUACCUUCAACCGUUUCCUCAAGAGAUUUAUCUAGGAGUGGGGCGGAGGCAUGGGCGUCGAGCUGGUCAGGCAGGAAUUGGAUGGGGAAGAAGGGGUCCCCGAUGUCCUCUUGGAUUAAUGUUCAUGGGGGCGCCGCCUUUCCCCUUCUCUCCCUUCUUCAUUGUAUUUCGUCAGGUCGCGUCGUAAACUUAUUGGCUUUCUUGUAAUUCUAUAUAGCGAGUGGUGUUUCUCUCUCUCUCUCUCUCUCUCUCUCUCUCUCUCUCUCUCUCUCUCUCUCUCUCUCUGGUGUGUCUUAAUGCAUCUGUAGCGUAUUUCGACCCUCUAAGCUUCUCCUGGUGGCAACGCGGCAAUCUAAAGGGUUGCGGGUGUGUCAUGUGUGUCAGGACAGGUGUGUGACUACCAGGUUUGUGAUUAACAGGUGUAAUAUGGUGUGUUUUGAAAUUAUGUGAAUGUGCAUGUGUCCAUAGCAAGGUUCUCAAUGUUAACAGGUGUGUCAUCAACAGGUGCUUACAUCCACGUGUGUAGUGAGAACAGGUGUGUGUCAUCAACAGGUGUGUUUAUCAAAUACAGGUAUCACCAAUGUGUAUAGCUUAAGAAGUGCAAACAGAGCAGUGAAUUAAGACAGCAGGUGAAUAAUUAAAAGUGAAGGUAUAAACACAGGUGUAUAAUGAGAAAUAAAUUGUAAUGCAGGUAUGUAAUCAAUAACUUGAAGGCUUGAAAUAACAGGAGUAACAAAACAUGUACUAUGACUCAGAAUACAGAUAUGUAAGGGAACCAAGGAUCAAAAGCAAAAUUACAGUUGAGAGAAGAGAACAGACAAAUGAGCAAGCAUGUAAUCAAGUCACGUCCGAAAUGAACAGGUGUAAAAGAACAGGUAAAGUCAAAUAUGGUCACCCAGCCAGCGCCAUCUACACACUUUGAACUGCUAUACCCCCCACUCUCCAAUCUGUCAGCCCUUCAGACCAGCAUCAACAGCUUCCCUCAGCACCACAGCCAGCACCUCCCCUUCAAGCCAGGCCUCAGCACCACUAUCCAGUCGAUCACUCAAGAGCCACGAUGCACCCCGGAAAGGAAUCAGCUUGUGAAAUCCGAUCCUCCGCUUUUUGCCUCCCGAUCACGAAGAAUCAAAAGAAAAAAAAGAAGAAAAAGAAUCAAGAAGAGGAAAACGAUAACUUUAUCACUAUGAUGCAUCUAUAAACUUACACAAACUCCAUCUACUCACUUAUAAACGAGACAAAUAUGAAGGUACGCUUACAAUAUUUUCUAACUAGGAUUCAAAUGCUUUACUUCUCCACGCCAAGAGUCGAAGCGCUUCAUAACGUGUUUCGAACCUGUUUCUCGUGUUUUACUGACUCUAGUUCUGUUCAGGGAGGAGAGAGAGAUCCUGCAGCCCCGUCAGGAGUUCUGCAGGUUCUUACUUAGGAGGAGAGGCAAAUGUCGCAUAAUCUGUUCAAAAAUUUGUUCACCAGUAUCCAUCUUGAACCUCCUUUGUGUGUGUGUGUGUGUGUGUGUGUGUGUGUGUGUGUGUGUGUGCGUGCGUGUGUGUGUCAGACCACUCCUGCUCUUCAAAUGUACCGCCAUAAGAUCCAAAAUAAAAUGCGCUCAGCUAAUAUGAAA